AUUGCAUUUUUUGGUCAGACAGGUGACUCUAAAACCUUUUCUGAUUAAUAAUCUCUGAAGAGUUAGUUGAAUUAAUAUUUAAUUAUACUGGCCAUUCCCUUUUUGCUCAGUAGCUGAGUUUAGGAUUUAAAACUGCAUGAGAGAGGGCAAUACUAAAUGACUUAACAAAGGUUAAUUUGUUGAAUACAAAUCCUAGUUCCACCUUAUGCUCCACUAGGAUUUUUUUCCUUAUAAAGUAAUUAAAGUUUUAAAUGAAAAGAAAAAAGAAAAAAGAAGAAGACUAAUGACAUAUAAUAUUUGGUGGAGUAUAAAGUAGAACACUAAGUCUAAGAGCCAAAUAGGUCAUUUUUAUUCAAAGUUUGUAUUUAGUUCCUUAUAUCUUGUCAAGUAAAUCAUGAUAGGAAAGGAGAAGGGGCUAUGACUAAAUAGUAUGACAUCUAGCAGUUAGCCUUACCAAAUAGUUGAAUUAUUAUGAUUUGAUUCAACUAUUUAUUCGGUAUGUUACCAUUUUUCAUAAAGAGAUAUAGUGCUGCAAUUAUUUCCAUAUCAUGUAAAAGGGGUGGCAAAAUCAACCCAAAGCCAUUUGCCCACCCACUUAAAUGAGACCCAAACCCACCUAAUUAUUAAUUGGGUUAAAUGGGUAUUAACCCAAUUAACAUUAAUAUUUAUUGGGUUUUAAUUGGGUACUCAAUUAGACCCAAUUAUGAUUCAACUACCAUUUCUACAAAUCACCCAACUCUAAAAUGCCCCAAAACCACUAAAAUUAUCAAAAUACCCCCUUAACCUCAAAAAUGACCAAAAUAACACCUAAACCUAAAAAUGACUAAAAUACCCCUAAAACCUAAAAAAAGACCAAAAUACCCCUUAAACCUAGAAAAUGACCAAAAUACCCCAAAAACCUAAAAAUUAUCAAAAUAACCCCAAAACCUACAAAAUGACCAAAAUACCCCUGAAACCCAAAAAAUGACCAAAAUACCCCCCAAAACCUGAAAAUUACCAAAAUACCCCCAAAACCUAAAAUUUACCAAAAUCCCCAAACCCUGAAAAAUGACCAAAAUACCUUCGAAACCUUAAAAUUACCAAAACACCCCCAAAAUCCAAAAAAUGACCAAAAUACCCCCGAAACCCAAAAAAUGACCAAAAUACCCCAAAAAAUAACCAAAAUACCUUCGAAACCAAAAAAUGACCAAAAUACCCCCGAAACCCAAAAAAUGACCAAAAUACCCCAAAAACCCAAAAAAUAACCAAAAUACCCCUGAAACCCAAAAAAUGACCAAAUACCCCCGAAACCCAAAAAAAUUACCAAAAUACCCCCCAAAACCCAUUAAAUUACCAAAAUACCUCUUGAAACCCAUAAAAUUACCAAAAUACCCCUGAAAUCCAAAAAAUGACCAAAAUAUCCCUGAAACCUAAAAAUGACCAAAAUACCCCUGAAACCUAAAAAUUACCAAAAUUCCUUUGAAACCUAAAAAAUGACCAAAAUAAUCCCGAAACCUAAAAAUGACAAAAUACCCUCAAAACCUAAAAAAUGGCCAAAAUAACCCCGAAACCUAAAAAAUGAUCAAAAUAAUCUAGAAACCUAAAAAUGAUCAAAAUACCCCCCCUAAAACUAUAAAAUGACCAAAAUACCCCCUUAACCUAAAAAAUUACCCGAAUACCCAUGAAACCUAAAAAAUGACCAAAAUACCCUAAAACCUAUUGAUGAUUCCUUGAUUAUCAGUGGGUUGAUAAGACUUGAACGUUGAUCUUCGGGCUAUCUCCUGUAAUACCAAAGACACAGAAUCAGAGGGGACCGGUGGUGACCGGCCAAAAAUCCUCCGAUGAUCAAGUUAGUUUCUUGGAACUCUCUGUAACGAAGAAGUAUUCUCUUAAAAGUAAGAAAAUGUCUGAAUACCUUUUUCCUUCAUCGAAGAAGCCUUAUAUAGUGUGUGGAACGGUUAUCUAUUUGGUAACCGUUCCCAGUGUCGAGGAGUCCGGAGAAUUGGGAGUAACCGCUGUGGAAGUUACUUAGGUCGGAGGGGCCGAUGAACUCGUCCAUCCAUAGCAAGGAUGGACGAGACCUCCAGGAUGAUCUCGUCCACUUUUAGUGAAAGACGGACGAGAUCAUCUUGGAAGGCUUGUCGUUCAUAAAUGACAAGUAGAUCUUAGAGGUAUUAAGCUCGUCCAUAUACGGACGAGGGUCGCUGGUGCGCUUGUUGUUGCUUCUGUCGUUGGACGAUACAUAUGGACGAAUCAUGGACUUGGGAUAAUUUGUGACACCAUCAGUUGCCCCCUCGUCCAUGUGAGUCGUCCAAAAGGUUGAACGUUCUUGGACACAUUUGGUUAAUACUUACUGUGCCACGUGUCCUUUUCUUAUUAGAGACUGAUUCCGUCGAUUUAUUUUUCCAAGGUAGAUGCCACGUGUUGCUUCUGUAUUGGUUGGGUCGUUUCGAUUACCCAGGUCAGCUUCCUAUAAAUAGUGGAAUGCCUCCCUUGACCCUCCUCAUUCCAGAAAUUUUCUUCCUUGACAUCCAUCGUCUAGAGCCUCGUCUAGGAGUUCUCUGCGUCUAGAGUCUUCUUCCGUCUAGAGCCAGGUACUCUUCUUUUUCUCGUCUUUAGGUUUAAGUUUCUUGUUAGGGAUGUCUGUCGCUUCCUCGUCUACAGAUAGCCUUAAUAAGGUUAUAGACGAGUAUUGUGAUGAUACUAGUGAUAGGUCUAGCUCUAGCAGUGCUAGUGAUGAGAGUGGAGGAAGCACGGACGAGAACUACUCUUCUGGGGCCCCUGGGCUCCCUAUUGAAGUCGUCCAAGAACAGCUUAGGAGAGCUUCUGGCUCUCAAGCUGGUUCUCCGUCCAAUCCUACGGACGAGGUAGAGACCGUCUUCAGUUGCGCUGUAGGCGUCCAUUCUAAGACGGACGAACAGAGGUUAGGUAACCUUAGGUCCUGGUAUCAAAUCCCAGACGAGUUUAACCCUAGGCUACCCGUCCAUGGAGAGUGGUGUUGUGAGCCUCGUUUUGGAAUAGGCGUCUAUGAAUCUUACUUCCUAGGUGGCCUUAGGUUUCCUUUAAAUGCCUUUGCUAGGGAGUUACUAGUCAAAUUAGGUCUAGGUGUUUGUCAAUUCAAUCCCAACGCAUGGAGAUUAAUUAUCUCCAUGCAAAUUUUGUGGAGGGAAGUUUUUGGUAGGGACCGUCCUCUUACAGUGGACGAGUUCCUUUAUUGUUAUAAACCUUCUGUCAUAAGUCAGUCUGAAGGUUUUUACCAAUUUACUGCUAGAGGGAAUGAUUGUAGGUUGAUCAAGUCCCUAGCUUCGUCUGAUAGGAAGUGGAAGACGGAGUUUAUUUUUAUUUCAGGCUUCUGGGCAGGGAACCCUGUGGACGUUGGCAGGGAUCCCUUUCCUCCUUACACUGGGGACCUGGGGAACCUUCGUCCAGAAGCUGCCAAACGUCCGUCCUUGAGCAAAUUUCACCGUGACCGCGUCCACAGGGCUCGUCUACACGCAGACAGGAGCUUCCAUUCCCUUGUCACGCUUAGGCGUCUGGCCAAGUGGGGUUUAGGUCCCGAGCCUUCAGACGAAGCUAUAGCCCACGAAGUCACUGUGCGAAAAAGAAUGUCAACAAUGAAAGAGAACCGAGGAAAAGAGAUCGCAGGAGAGGGGAAACGUCCUGAGGGUCAAGCCCAGGAUCGUCCAACGGCUGGGGACAAAAGAAAGUUCUUGCCUAAGAACAUUGACCUGGAAGGGCUCCCCAGUCGAAGAGAUAAAAGGGUUAAACAAAGCUCGUCCAAGGUGGUCAAGUCCAAACCACCCUCGUCUCAGCCUGCCGUCCAAAUAGUUGAUGUGGACUCGUCCACUCCAGUUGAGUCCACCCCGUCCAAGACUCCUCCCAGAACUCCUGUGGCCAGAUCUACCAUGCCUGGCUCGUCCCAGCCUUCUAUGAAUAUUAUUGCAAAUGAAGACCUGGCUUGGGAACGGUUCCAGAUGGCCGUCAAGGACGAGGAUAUAAACAUGUGCUAUAACAUGGGCUUGAAGGAAUUUGAGCAUUCAGGCGUCCAUGACCUUUUCAAGGCCAUGUCGAAGUUUAUAGCAGCGUCUAGACAGGCAAUGGAGCUGGACAAGACGAGGGUCUUGUUGGAGACGAGGAUUCAGGAAGUGAACGCUGACUGUAAGAAAUGGGCUGGGUUUGCUGAAAAAGCUAAGGACGAGGUCAAAGAGCAUAACAAGCUAAUUGAGGAGCUAAGGACGGAUGCAUUGGAGAAGGAGACGCGCAUUGAUCACUUACAACAGGUGAACAAUGAGUUGAAUGCUCGUCUUUCCAAGGCACGAGAGGACGCUGUGGCUGAGUUCAAGUCGUCCAAAGAGUAUACAGACACUUUGGAUCGCAAUUAUGCAGCUGGUUUUGAAGAUUUCAGAAUGGACGCUGUUGAAAACUUUCCUGAAGUUGAUUUCAGCACAAUCAAGCUUAACCUUGCUGCUGCCACAAGCUCUCUCCUCCAGACUGGCUCUGAUGAUGUCAACGUUGAAGACGACGCCAGCACUCAGCCUCCUCAGGACGAGCCUACAGUGAAUGCUCCCCCUUCUUAGGACGAGAUUUUAAACUUUGUAGCUUUGCUUUUUCUUUUUUUGUAACUUUUGUGUUUGGUCCUUUGUUUUUGGACCUUCUUUAUGUAACAAGAAUACAUUAUACUCGUCCAUGGUUUUAGGACGGGUUUUUAAGUAUACUAUUUCUGCUUUUCAAACUAAU